UUUCACCCGGCGACUACUGAGGAGCGGUCCCCAUGUUGGGCGAUGCGCUCUUGAGACUACUCAGCUACCCUGGAGACCCCGCACUGCAGCAUAACCCUUCACAGUCUGCAAGCCCGAUUCUCUGAUAUCACAACUACCCAUGUAACCGCAGUGCAUCCAAGCUCCCGCUGCCAAGACCGGAGAUCGCUCAGAGCCUCAGUAACAUCAACUCAUCGCACUUCGACCUCGGCAGCGGAUCCGCCCUGCACAUUUAUUCAACAGGACUCUGAUCUUGUCGAACAUCAAGCAGACACUCACAGUAUUCACUCGUGCUUCAGCCGCUCUGUUGCCUCGGAUACCACCCUCCCCACAACCUCCAUCCCAUCCGCAGCCACAACCAUGUCCGACCCCCUCGACAUCCUCCCCACAGACCCAGCUGCAGCCGGUGGCAUGGACGCCUCGACCACCACCUUCCCUUCGGAUUCAGAAAACUACGAGUCCGCCGACGUAUCGCCCUCACCGCCGUCUAGCUCCUCGCCCUUGAUCCUGUACUCGCCGCCCACGCUGUGGGGCCUGAUUCGUGGCGCGGCGAUCAACCUGCUUUUGCCGUUUGUGAACGGGCUGAUGCUCGGGUUUGGAGAGCUGGUGGCGAAUGAGGCGGCGUUUCGGUUGGGGUGGAGCGGGACAAAGAUCUUCCCUGCUGGACGGAGCGAUUCGAGACGUGUCGGACCGGGUGUCGAGAUGCGCGCUGAUCCUGUCGAGAGGCGGAGGAGGAAUGGGCAGGAGCUGGAUAUGUACACUGCUCUGGAGUAAGGAGGUCGAGCGCUGAGGCCGAGGACGGCACCAACUAGGAGGCAUUCAGGUACGGUUGAGGUACGAGGAUCGUAUGCACAGGGCGCAUGGCAGACGGCUUUGCCUCGUCCAAGUGAUCUCAAAAUGCGAAUCUAGACAAAACACAAAACAUGCAACAAACGAGACGGCGUUUGCGUCCAAGUAUAUGUACAAAAAUCUACAAGUACA